AGCAAAAACAAGCUAAAGAAAUCCUCGCCAAAAUGACCGACUAUGUUCAAUAUAAACUCCAAAUCCGCUACGAAAACUACGACGCCUACGAGAAAUACGACGAAGACAUCCAAGACAUACUCGAAUCAAAAUACGGCGAACUAGGCGCUACGCAUAUCCAACAGUGUUAUGUGAGUCCGAGUAUCCGUUUACUCCUGGUUACUAGCUUCGAGGCACCGGACGGUAUAUUGAGUGAACUGAGGAGUGUGAAGCUGGGGGAGGGUAUUGCUACUGAUGUUCAGAUGGUGGAAUAUAGAAGGCGUUGAUUUGGGAAGUAUCCUCACAUGUAUCUACACUUCUCUGGAUAAAGCGAUAUCAAAUAGAAGAAACUUGACACCAUUAAAGAAGGGCUUCAGAUCUGGUGCUUAGAGUUCCACAAGUACCCAAUUAUGAAGUGACGAUUUUCUGCAUGAUACGUAGC